UGGAAACAAUGAUCAAAACAUGGCUUUAAGAUACGUCUCUGUCUCCCUCUUGUCUCUUUGCAGGGAAAGAGGAAUAAGCCUGGGAUGGAGGCUGCCAGCUCUCCAGAUUCUGUGAGAGGUCGAGGGGAAAAUAAAGCCAUCAACCACAAUGAUUUGGACAGAGACUUUUGGAAUAACAAUGACAGCAGCAACGUGCAACAGAGAUGGAGCUCCUACCCGCCGAAGGAGUUCCUCUUAAACAUGUCUCCCUAUGCUCCCUACGGAGACCCUCGCCUCACGCCCAAGUGAGUCUCAGUCAUGGCUGUUUCGGGGACGCUUCCCUCUCGUCUGCUUCCACCCUGGAGCACAUCCCGUCCUCGGCCGUGGCGCGCCCUCGGCCUCUGGUCCGGCAGCAGAGCCUCCAACAGCCCCUCACUCACCAGCCCCCUCCGGGCCCAAACGACCCCCCAGUAACCUCACAGAGCCUGGGCCAGCUGCACACAGGCCCAGGCGGCGGGGGCCACCGCGGGGGCCCGCGCGGGGUCCGGGGGAGUCCGGCUGGAACCUCCCGGCACAGAGGAGCAGGGACAGGUCGAUCAAGGUCAAAUCCUGGCAGCUGGGAUCACAUGGUGGAGCAGAUCCGCCACAGAGGGCUGGACGUCAAGUCGUUCUUUGAGGGGAAGAUGGUUGUUCUAUCUCUAGCAAUCGGGCUGGCUGAACAGGAUGAUUUCGCCAACCUCCCAGAUCUCCAGGAAGCUCCAGCAGGCAUAGAGAACGAAACCACACCAGAAAAGAGGACUCCGGGUAACAAACCAGGCAGCAGCCCCAGAGGUCAGACCCCAGACGAGACCGGACGUCGCCACGAUGCCAACUCCUCUGUUUCUGACUUGGCCAACUCCGUCACCAGUGACAUGCUCAUGUUGUCUCCAGGUUCGGAGGAUGAUGACCACGAGGGUCAAGUGUGUGAGAAACUGGGUCGUAUUCAGUUCAGCGUUGGAUACAGUUUUCAGGACUCCACCCUCACUGUCAAAGUUCUCAAGGGCCAGGAUUUGCCUGCUAAGGACUUUUCCGGCACCUCUGAUCCAUUUGUCAAACUCUACCUGCUGCCAGACAAGAAGCACAAACUGGAGACCAAAGUCAAGAGGAAGAAUCUGAACCCCCACUGGAAUGAAACCUUCCUGUUUGAAGGAUUCCCCUAUGAGAAGGUGGUCCAGAGGACUCUAUACCUACAGGUUCUCGACUACGACCGCUUCAGCAGGAAUGACCCCAUUGGAGAGGUGUCCAUCCCCCUCAACAAACUGGACCUGGCCAACAUGCAGACUUUCUGGAAGGAGCUGAAUCCAUGUAGCGAUGGCAGCGGGAGUCGAGGGGAUCUGCUGGUGUCUCUGUGCUACAACCCCACAGCCAACACCAUCACUGUGAGCAUCAUUAAAGCACGCAACCUCAAAGCCAUGGACAUUGGAGGCACUUCUGACCCCUAUGUAAAAGUGUGGUUGAUGCACAAGGACAAGCGUGUGGAGAAGAAGAAGACGGUGGUAAUGAAGCGCUGUCUAAACCCCGUUUUCAACGAGUCCUUCCCCUUUGACGUGCCUGCUCACGUGCUGAGAGAGACCACCAUAAUUAUCACCGUCAUGGACAAGGACAGGCUCAGUCGCAAUGAUGUCAUUGGAAAGAUUUAUCUUUCAUGGAAGAGCGGCCCAGCAGAGGUAAAACACUGGAAAGACAUGAUGGGUCGUCCUCGUAAUCCUGUGUCCCAGUGGCAUGCUCUCAAGGCCUGAGGGACCCAAGGACCAACCUGCCUACAGUGUUUUCCCCUCAGAAUUCAGCAUUAGCCCCUUCCCUUAGCACAUAUCCCCCAUAUUUCCUGACUGCAGUGUUGGGCUGCAGACAAUGUGUGUCAUCUCUUUGUUCUCAGGCCUCUUUGAUAUCCUCCGCCCUCAGUCAUCCUUAAAAUUUCACCCUCGUCAAGUUCCGAUUCCCACCUGACCCUUGUCUCAUCUCUUUUGUCAGAACUUAAAAAUGUCUUUGAUGUCUUUCCUCACUUCCUCCUUGUGACCUUUUUCAAUGAGAUUUUUCUUCAAGAUCAUUCUCAGUCUUUCCUUCACCUUGUCAACCAUUCCCAGUGUUCAACAUUAGAGCAGGACCUCUUGCCACCCCUGACUACAAACUACCAACCAAAAACGUAUCAAACUAAUAUUCCAACAAUUCUCUGUGGCGGCAAGACGUGUGUGUGUGAAUGGCACUGACCUGUGCAACCCAUUUAUUCACCUACAUCUGGUGUUGCAGUGAGGAAUCUUCCACUCUGCUCCUCGCCUCUUCGUUCAAGUCCUCUUCCGUUACGUCACUAUUCCUGCAUACCUUUUUAAAAUGCCUGAAAAAUCAGGAAAACCGACACAGGCAAUGGAAGAGUGAUGGGCUGUAUUUUAAAUUAAUUUUUAAAUGGAAUUAGACUCUGUCACUCAACUCAUGUUUGAUCUUUUUCACUUUUCACUCUUUCUCUGGCACCACUGUAAUAAUUCUUCCUUGGCUGGAACCCUUUGUCGUCUGUGCGUGCUGUGGGUGAUGUGCUGUAACCCCAAAUGAAGUUCUUCGA